AUGGGCAAUGUUGCACCUGGUCAAUUAUUGGCUAUUAUGGGUCCUAGUGGGGCUGGUAAGACAACCUUGCUCAAUGCACUCACCGGUAGAAAUAUGGGUAAAAUGUCGGUCACCGGAGAUGUGCUGAUAAACGGACGGCCGGUAAACGGGGGGACACUGGCCUCCAUCUCGUCGUAUAUCCAACAAAAUGAUUUGUUUCAUCCGUUGCUUACCGUUAGAGAGCAUCUCAUGAUUAAUGCUACUUUGCGUUUUGGUGGAACUUUAACUCGAAUCACAAAAAAUAAAUUGGUUCAAGAUUUAUUGAUAAAGUUAAACUUGGUCAAAUGUUCUGAGAGCAGAAUUGGUGGACAAAUGGUUAAAGGCAUUUCUGGGGGUGAAAUGAAACGGUUGUCAUUUGCAUCAGAG